UUAACAUUUUCAAAGAAGAACAAAGAGGAGAUCGAUCAAAAAGGUUGAUUCAGUCCGCGGCGCACCAAGUCCUGCUCCAACUAUCCACUUGGUUCUGAUCCCGAGCUGUCAUCGGACUCCACAUUUCAACAAAUAUGAUUUUAUUUUUAGAAAUUCUGGUUCUUUUCUCCUCGGGUGUUUUACCAUUAUCAGUUCCCAACGUCACUUCGUCGGCUUUCCUUCCUGACUGUGUGAACGCUCAUCUGGAAUGUUCUACUGACCCCCAAUGUAAAGACUUGUACCGGGACUGGGAGCUGUGUACCGGCGAUACUUCUGUGGAACCGACGGGGGAGCAGGCAAUGACUGAGUGCCUACACAAACAAGAUGCUCUGCUGGAGAAACAGCCAUCUUUGUUGGCGUGCAAGUGCCACCGUGGCUUUCGUAAGGAGGAGCAGUGCUUGCAAAUAUACUGGAGAGUCCGUCUGCUGUCAGGUGAGGAUGACCUGGAAACGUCUCCUUACGACAACACACAAAUUGAUCUUGGUAUGGCGUCCAUUGUGGCAGCCUCAACAUUCUUACAAGUGGACGUGGAAAAUCAAUGUCUGAAAGCAGCUCAAGAUUGUGGCUUGUUUGAGAAGUGCGGCUCUUUAAGAUCCGAGUAUGUUCUGGCGUGCACCAAGAAGGUGACAGGAAGCCAGCGAUGCAACCAGCACAAGUGUCAUCGGGCGCUUCGGCGAUUCCUGGAGAAAGUACCAGAAGAAUACAGCUUUGGUGUCCUCUUCUGUCCCUGCACCAACACCCUGUGUGGCGAGAGAAGGAGGAAAACUAUUGUUCCUUCUUGUGCUUACGAGGAGAUGGAAGACCUGCAACCUAACUGUCUUCACCAACAAAGCUUCUGUCGCAAGGAUGCUCUUUGCAGGUCAAGAUUAGCUGAUUUCCUUCAGAACUGCCAACCGUCAGCCACAAGCGCUCCUUGUCUCAGAGACUCAGCAGGCAUUUGCCUCCGAGCUUAUGCAGGACUCAUCGGGACCAUCAUGACUCCAAACUACGUUGGCAACGACUCUGCGGAUGUUUCUCUGGCAUGCACCUGUCAUGGCAGCGGCAACCGAUGGCAGGAAUGUUUGCAAUUGCAACGAAUGUUCACACACAACAACUGUCUGCGUAACGCCAUCAAUUGGAUGGGGAACCCUGGCUCUCUGCCUAUUGAUAUAACCCCCCCUCCUGCUCCUAGACCUUCCCCACUGGUUCAGGAAGAUGUGAUGCUGAACAAAAACCAUCUUGCAUCUGAUCAACACGUUGUGGAGGAAGACGAGCAAGGGGAUGAAUCCACGCAGAGAAAGGAGGAAGAUGAAUUUAGUGUCAUCCCGCAGUACUCGGGGAAGUCCACCGUGGCCAACCUGAGACCUCCUGUACACGGCGGGGUUGUUUCCAUCGCUGUUGUCUCCUUUGAACUCCUUCUUCUUCUGCUGCCUUUUUCUGCUGCGCUGAGUUGGCAAUAAAGCGAAGACUGAACACACGCGGAGAGGACAAAAGAAAAGAAAAGUCAGUACGGGAACCUUUCUGGGUCAGGGCCGUUUUUGUAUUAUUUUCGACUUUCGUCU